AGCCCUCAGACAUACGACAAAUUGGACAAGAUACUUCGCUUUAUCGACUGCGGUGACUGAUCUGUCGUCGUGCAACAUGUCUCACAUCCCUCGGCGCAACCGCAAGGACGAUGACCCCAAGAUGAUAGGCCUCUGGAAGGUCGGAAGGACGAUCGGCAAAGGAAGCUCUGGGCGGGUCAGGAUCGCCAGGCAUACGAAGACCGGUCAAUACGCUGCUGUCAAGAUUGUAUCCAAGAACGCACUGCUGACCUCCAGGAUGUCUCUUCGUAGUCUUGGCGACGAAGCUGACCGCAUCCUGCACAGUAUCGAGCGGGAGAUUGUCAUCAUGAAGCUCAUCGAACAUCCUAACAUCAUGCGACUCUAUGACGUCUGGGAGACCUCCACGGAACUCUAUCUGAUCCUCGAAUAUGUCGAAGGAGGCGAACUCUUUGACUAUCUCUGCAACAAGGGCAAGCUUUCUUCCUCUGAGGCUCUUGGAUAUUUCCAGCAAAUCAUUACUGCGGUACAUUACUGCCAUCGGUUCAACAUCGCCCAUCGCGACCUGAAGCCAGAGAACCUCCUGCUAGACAAGGACAAGAACAUCAAAGUCGCCGACUUCGGAAUGGCUGCCUGGCAGGGAAAGAGCGACUUACUGCGAACUGCCUGUGGGAGCCCGCACUAUGCUGCACCGGAAGUCAUCAUGGGUCAUGCUUACAAUGGAGCUUAUUCGGAUAUCUGGUCCUGUGGUAUCAUUCUGUUCGCCUUGCUCGCAGGUCGGCUACCUUUCGACGAUGAGGAUCUUACAUCGCUCCUGGAGAAAGUCAAGCUUGGAAAAUAUACCAUGCCUGCGGAUAUUGACACGCGUGCGAAGGAUCUCAUCUCGAGGAUGCUCCAGAAAGACGUCUCCAAGCGUAUCACGAUCCCUGAGAUCCUUGAGCACCCUUUCUACAAGUCUCAGAAGCCAAAGAAGAUGGACUGCGACAUUCCCAACUUGGACGACAUAGCUCGGCCGUUGGCAAACAAGGAUGCUGUUGAUCAGGACAUUUUUGCCAAUCUGCGCACGCUUUGGCACGGUACUCCUGACGACGAGAUUAACGCCAGUUUGACAAACGACAAACCUACUUGGGAGAAGGGUGUCUACCACUUGCUUGUUAUCUACCGUGCGAAGCACUUGGAGAAUUACGAUGAGGACGAAGAGAAGCUUGCAGCAAGGCGGGCAUCGAAACGACGUGACAAGAAAGGCAAAGAGCAAGAUGAAGACCAGAACGGACUGCUUGCAUCACUCCCUCCCCGUGCAGGUCCACCCACGCCUCGCCGCGCAGCUGGAAGCUCUCGACUGGCGGCUUCCUCGUCAUCUAUACCAGGUCUUAGCCAGAUGCGUCAGCUAUCUUUCUUGGGCUCUAGUCUUGCUCUCUCAGCUCAUGCAACACCGGCCUCUGCGGCACGAACUCUCCACCGGCAGCUUUCGUUCUCUACGGUGUCCCCUCGUGAUGCAGCGCGAACUCUGUCUCCGAGCAUCCCACAGGCAAUGAGCCCUCUUCCCCUCCAGGUCCCGGAGAUGCAGGAUGAGAACAUCCAGCGAUUCUUCCAUCAGAUUGUCGAGCAUCUCAACGUCAUGCAGUCCGCGGGUACCGGCCACCAAUCACCUGGACAUGAUUCGAUGCGUUCACCCGGUGCGAUCACUGCACCGCCGCCGACACCUCUAUCCUUGGAUCCUCGCAGUCCUUCCAGUGGAAAGCAAGUGAACAUUCGAACUAGGGACCCACUAAAGUCCACUGACACUUUCGGCAUGGGCAACUCUACAUACCUCCACAACACGACCCAGCCAUUAAGUAUCCGUACACGAUCGCCAGAACGAAGCAGUGUCAGUUCCGAUAAGGAGAAUGCCAGGCGCGCGCCUCACUUGUCCAUACAGACAAGCUUUGGCAGUGAGUUGCUAGAGACCCCUGCUCGCAAGCGGUCGACCCGGAGCGCAGGCACUGGCAAGCGGGUACAGAUACUGGAGCCACCCACAGUGGAACGCGCACGGCUGAAGAAGAAGCGAAGCUCGGCAAUAUCGCCUACGUCUCCCGCUUCAGCCCUUUCAGAAGGCUCAUUUGCCCCUCCUUCACCGCCUAAACGUCGCUGGUUCGGUCACCUGUUCAAGUUCAAGCCCACUGUCUACCACCUACUCUCCGUGGAGUAUCCCGAGGACACAGUGAAGGCCUGCAGGCAGAUGCUCGAAGAGAUGGGCGUGUCGGUCGCGCUUGCGCAUGCAGCAGCAGAAGACCCGACGGCACCUGGGUCGGACACUCUCACGCUCAAAUGCUGGAUGGACGAGUCUCGCGAGCUGCGAAGCGGGCUGACGCCGAUGAAGGGUGUCCGUUUCCGCGUGGAGGUGCAGAGGCCGAGCGCGAUACAGGGGAUGGCGGGAUAUGUGGUGCUGCUGAGCCUUGUGCUGGAGAAGGGCGCGGCGACAAGUCUGAAGCUGAUCUAUAACCGACUGCGUAGAGAGUGGGACCUUGAUUCUCCGCCAACGUCAUCGCCUAUGGCAAGUAGGAAUCCAAUGUUGGGCGAUGAUGAGAGGUUCGUGGAGAUUGUGUACGCGCAGUGAGGACGUUCCUCGGUGGACACUUGCAGAUGAUCUACAACAUCACGAAGAGGACAUAUUAUGGUCCUUUACAACAGAAAGCAGGUCCAGGAGCUUACGAUACAACGUAUCUGUUCUGUACACUACCUAGUCCAUAUACGUCAUUUGCG